ACCAUCGUACAAAUCACUCUUCACAUCGAUUCAAGCCAUUCGAGUUGAAAUCACGAGGCGACAGUGAUUGAAAUGUUGUGUUUGCACAGGAAACAAUGUUCCACUGACACAAUGGACACCAUGCUUUAAUCAACAGUAACAAAUUUCGAAAUUAUGGACUCGUUCACUUCAGAACAAUACGAAGACGCGCAGGAAUUCGCUUCCUUCUACUUCGAUCUCCUCGAAAACCAUCGUGAAACAUUCACGUAUCAUUUAUCAGAGGGCGCUGUCCUUGAUUGGUUUGGCAGGACAAUUAAAGGUGUUCAAAACAUAAAAGACUUUGCCAAGUUGCACAUGGACUUGAUGAAGCAUAGGUUUUCAAAAAUUGAACCGUGUCACGAAAUAGGCUACCGAAAAACCCAUAUAGUCGAGUACUCGACAUUGCGUGCAACCGACGCGAACGACGUUUCGGAAGUGAAACCGAAUCCCAGUGCACAACAAGAAAAAACACCACCGAACGCCACGAUCGCGACUAGUUCACGCAAGCGAGAAAAGGGUCAAGGCGAUGGCCUGCAUAAUUGCCCGUCUGAAUCGCCAGCGAAACGCUCGCGACUCACAGGCGAUGUUAUCGAGCCGAAAAUCUCCGCGCCCCUAUACACCGCGAAUAUAAGCUCAACAGGAUAUCUGGAGUUUCGCGGGAAAAGCGGCAAGAAGUAUCAAAAGGAAACCAAGUGGCAACGGCCUUGCACAUUCCAAGUUGCGUACAGUAAAACGCCCACCGGCUAUCUCGUACACUUGAUCAUUUAUAAAGGUAACAUGCGAUGCAGGCGGAAUUUGCUCAAUGAUUUCAACGCGGUGCCGAAUCCCGCAGAAUGAAUCUCUUCUUAUCAACGUGCAAUUAAUUGGGGUCCCAAUCAUUAAUUUUGAAUCUUCUGCAAAGCUUUAUGAAGUUGUUUUGUUACUGUUAGUAUUAUUACAAACAAUGAAUCUCUUUUAUUAGAUCUAAUGUUAAUUUACAACAAAUCAAAAAAAUUAUUAAUCAUCUACGAUUUAAAAUACGAUUUUAACUCUCAUUGUAAAUAGAAAUUUGUUAUAAACUUAUUAUUUAUGGAAUUCUUGUUUGUUAGUGUACUGUAAGUGAUCACAAUGUGCCAAAAUCAAGAUGAUAGACUUAUUUGAUACGUGUGAACUUUGCGAUAAAUAUUUUUUGUAUUAACAGUUAAUAUAAAAUGUUAUAGAAAACAAA